GACACUUCGUCAGGGGAUAGCGUCCUGCGGCCUGAGCGAGAUCAGGUCGCGCCUCCGCCGCCGCUCGCCGCUGGUCCGCCCGCUCGACGGGGGAGCUGGAGCUCGUCCGGCCUCCUUCUCCGCGCGCUGCCGAACGCCGCUCGCCCGGUCCCCGAUUCGGGCCGCGCGCCCCCGGUUGCCCCCGCUCUCCCUCCCCUUUCCAGGACUCCGCCGCCGCCUCACCUAGCUCCUCUCCUGCCCGCACCGCGUCGCCUCGCCCCUCUGCUGGCCAGGACGCCGCCGGCCUCGCGUCGCGCCUCCUCGCGAAGGUAGAGAGCCCUCGCUGGUUGCCUGCCGCUCCCCCAGCCGGCGAUGGCCGCGCCGCCGCUCCGGCCGGAGGCGGAAGAGGGCAGCAAGGGCGCCGAGGUCUGCCUGUUCGACCAGUCGCAGGAGGAUUUCUCCAGGGCGGUACGCGCCAUCUCGGAGCUCGCCACCGGCGACCCCCAGCCGGGGUUCCCCGACGCCGAAGCAGAAAGGCUCGCCUCCUCAGUAACGUUCCUCAGAGAAUGGAGGCAUUUCUCUUAUGAGCCAAAAGGUGUUAGUUUUGUUUACGGCGCUGGAUCAGCUUCAUCCGGAGAUGACACACCUGAGAUAACCUUACCACAGUUCUCAUCUGCAUCUUUUCCUCAGUGUGAAUCAAUGCAGGUCACACACUUGGAAGAUGGGAGGGAUAAGAAUACAGACAGUUCUGAUUUCAUUUUGUUCGCUGGGGGAAGUGUUUGGUCGCUGGACUGGUGCCCAAAGUUGUGCGACAAGCCUUGUUCUCGUGUAAAUUGUGAGUAUCUUGCUGUUGCUGCUCAUCCUCCUGGUUCUUCUUACCAUAAGCUUGGUAUGCCAUUGAUUGGCAGAGGUAUCAUUCAAGUUUGGUGUCUCGUAGCACCCUUUGAAGAGGCAGAUCCUCAUCAGUCAAUGAUUGCGUACAGUAAGAGCAAUCGUAGAGGAAGGCCUAGAAAAAUACCAGACGAGAAUAACUCCAUUGAGAGUUCAUCAGUUCCUCGAAAACCGAUAGGGAGACCAAGAAAGAUAAAACUGACAACCACUGAUGAUUCCACAGAACCAUGUCUGAAAAAACCAAGGGGCAGACCAAGAAAGAUAGAACCAGCAACUACUGAUGAUCACGAAGAACCAAGUAUGAAAAAACCAAGGGGGAGACCAAGAAAGAUAGAACCAGCAACUACUGAUGAUCACGAAGAACCAAGUAUGAAAAAACCAAGGGGGAGACCAAGAAAGAUAAAACCUGCAACUGCUGAUGAUUAUGCAGAACCAAGUCUGAGAAAACCAAGGGGUAGACCAAGAAAGUUAGAGCCUGCAACUGCUGAUGAUUACGCAGAACCAAGUCUGAGAAAACCAAGGGGGAGACCAAGAAAGAUAAAACCUGCAACUACUGCUGAUCAUGCAGAACCAAGUCUGAAAAAACCAAGGGGCAGACCAAGGAAAACCAAGUGCAAUGUCCAUUUGAAUGCUGCAUCAUUAGCACUUAGCUUGUGCAAUGCAAAUUACAAGGAAGAAUCAAGUGCCCAACAUAGAAAGAAGCCUGUUUCAACAGAGUGCAGUUCUUCAACCACAUUCAGUGGCAAAGAACAAAACAAUCAGCCAACUCCCAAACCAAGUGACAAUGUGCUCUCAGUUGAAAAGUGCAAGAAAGAAUUACUUGUCUACACCAGAAGGCGUGUACGACCUCCUGCAAAGAAAUCUGCUCCGAAUGAGACUUGCUCACUGGCUCUUAGUGGUGACGUACAGAAGAUGGAGACAUCCUACACAUCCAUCAUGCCAAAUAAUCAUUUGUCUUCUGUUGAGAAUCCCAAACUAUUGGGUUCAUCUAUGAGUGAAGACAUGGCUAAUGAGGCUGGUUUGGUGGGAUGUAAGAGCACAGUUGUUAACCGUGAGGUCAUGGAAAUGAAUGAUGGUGAGGCUGCCAAUCAAGUUGUCCAUGCUCCUUUUGAAGAUAGUGCCCGGAUGAUAGUUGAAGUGGAAAAUACAGAAGUAGUUCAAAUAAAAAAAUCAAGUCAAAAUGAUAAUAUAAUUACUUGUGCAGAAAACCCAAACCUUUCUGCAAUCCCCAAGGGCAUUCAUCUACCAAGGGCCGUCUUGUGUUUAGCUCAUAACGGAAAAGUUGCUUGGGACAUCAAAUGGAAGCCUCCUUUACCAAAUCAGUCAGAACAGAAAUCACGUUUGGGUUUUCUUGCAGUACUGUUGGGAAAUGGCUCACUGGAAGUAUGGGAAGUUCCAUCUCCAAGCAUAAUCCAGAAGAUAUAUUCAUCUUCUUUAAUGAAGGGUACCGACCCUCGCUUUCUAAAGCUGCGGCCUGUAUUUAGGUGUGCUAAAGUGAAGUGCGGGAACAUACAGAGCAUUCCCUUGACAGUUGAUUGGUCGCCUUCUCCUCAUGAUAUGAUACUGGCAGGAUGUCAUGAUGGAACGGUUGCUUUAUGGAAGUUCUCUACAGACUUGCCAGCACAAGAUUCAAAACCUUUUAUGUGUGUCACUGCUGAAUCUGUUCCCAUCAGAGCCCUCUCGUGGGCACCAUAUGUAAGUGAGGAAAAGACAAACACCUUUGUCACUGCUGGAGAGGAUGGCCUAAAAUUCUGGGAUUUAAGAGAUCCAUACCGUCCUCUGUGGGAACUAACUACUGCCCCAAGGGCUGUUUUAAGUCUUCAUUGGUUAAAGGAUGCAAGAGGUAUUGUCAUCUCAUUGGAAGAUGGUACAUUGAAGUUCCUCAGCUUACCUACAAUAGCCAAUGAUGUACCUGUCACCGGAAGGCCAUUCGCUGGGACUAAAACUCAGGGCAUUCAUACUUAUCAAUUAUCAGAAUAUUUGAUAUGGGACGUCCAUGUCUCAGAAAUUACAGGUCAAGCAGCUUAUUGCGUGGUAGAUGGUACUGCUGUGCGCUUCCAGCUUACUAAGAGAUUCUGGGAGAAGAAACCUGGGAGGAACCGUGUACCUUAUUUCCUCUGUGGUUCACUGGCAGAGGAGGGGACAGUCAUUAAGAUUGGUGGCACAUUGCAAAGCUCUCCUUUAUCGAAUGUUCCUCUGGUCACGAAAAAGGGUCCAGAAUCAUGCCAAGAUGUAGAUCAAACGGACGACAUGUGGAAAGAGGAACUACGGACUCUCACUAACUCAGAGCAUGUAGAUCCAGAACUCAGAGAUGGUGAACUAGAUGAAGGCCGAGAAACUAGUGCUCUAGUUUUAGCUGAUGCUCUAAUGCAAGAGAGUGAUGGCAUGCACAACGGCCCAGUUGAUGAAAAUGCUAAAUACGACUUCGAGGUCUUCCCUCCCAAAGCUGUAGCGCUGCAUCGGUUGAGAUGGAACACAAAUAGAGGCAGCGAGAGAUGGUUAUGCUAUGGAGGCGCCGCAGGCAUUAUUCGUUGUCAGAGGAUCUAAGGGACAGGCAUAUAUAUAUAUGGGCCGCAAACCAGGAGAAUCUGUGGGUGUCCACCCACCUACACAAUAAGCUGUUGCAGCAGCAAUAUAUGGUAGGUUUGCGUGAGAGAGCUAGCUGUGUAUCUUAGCAACUCCAACAGCAACAGAUCCUUGUAGUUUAGGAAUUCAAGUUGAGGCAAUUGGAGCUUCAUAUCUUGGGCUAAGAAAACAAUAGGAGCUACUUGUGAGAAGUAUCAGCUCAGCACAAUGCAACUGACUGAUGUUUUUCUUAGGCUGUAACAUGUGUAUAUGUACUGUUGAAGCAAUCAGACAAAUUGUGCUGAUUUGUAAGUAAUAUUGACAAACUGAACAGAGUUCUGCCAAAUAUGUAAGUAAUAGUGAACAACAAUGGAAAUCAUGAUUGGUCGAAAGCUGCGUGCAAUUUUCUUAAAGGGCUGGACUAGUAGUCCCAUC